AUGGACGGAGAGAAGGAGCUGGAGAUGUGCGAGGUCACAGGAAGGGAUCUCCUCACCUACGUCUCCAAAGAUGGUGCGGCCAAUAUUGGGAAUGAAGGUGACAGUCCUCUGGCAGAUGAUCCCGAGAAUGUGAAACAAUGUAAGACGUUACUAGAGGCAAUGGAAGAGGAUGUUUUCCAGAGGUGUAGCACGGCCUGUGAGAGCCAGUCCAUGUCAGAAAUGCACCAGAGGGACCUCCUCGAGGAGAGGCAGGAUGAUAGCAUCCAUCUCGAAAAGGCCCCUGAGGGGCCCUGCAUCUUUCUCCACCCAGAAGAUGCUGUGGGAGAUGCACACCCUGGAUACCGUGAGUGUGAGGAAAACGUUGGUCACACAUCAGAUCUUCAGCAGUGGGAGGCAUCCCAGGCAGAGAAGCUCCACAAAUGUCCCAAAUGUAAGAAAGGCUUCAAGUGGUGCGCUGAUUUAAUUAAACACCAGAGAACUCACACAGGUGAGAAGCCCUUCGUAUGCAGUGAGUGUGGGGAAAACUUCAGGGUGAGCUCCCACCUUAUCUCCCACAGGAGAAUGCACACAGGAGAAAGGCCCUACUCUUGUCUCAAAUGUUGCAAAAGAUUCAGCCGAAGCUCCCACCUUAGGAAUCACCUGAGAGCCCACAGUGGCGAGAGGCCCUUUGAAUGUCUGCAGUGUGGAAAGCGCUUCAGUGAUUCCUCAACACUCACCCAGCACCAGCGAACCCACACAGGUGAGAAGCCCUACGUCUGUUCCCAGUGUGGGAAGUGCUUCAAACAGAGCGCCCACGUCAACAAACACCAGCGAGUCCACACAGGAGAAAAACCCUUUAGGUGUGCCGAGUGCGGGAAGUGCUUCCAAAGCCAGGCACACCUCAAGCGGCACCGUGAGCUUCACCUGAAGUAG